CUUCCAUAGGCCGGGACUGGUGAGCUGACGGAACAUCAUCACCACGAUACGCUUAGACUGGACUGGACUGGGUGGUCUUCCUUCUGCUCUUUUUUUUUCUAAAAGUGGCGUGGACGUGGCACAUAUCCCACAUACAAAGACAUCAUGCCAAUGCGGCUCCAACCGAAGAUCUGAAUCCAAGGUCGAGAUUGCCUUACGUUGCGUUGCGUUGCGUUGUGUUGCUUGAUUUUUUGAAGCUCCAGCACCAGCACCAGCACCGCUUCUGCACAUUCGCCUUCCUGCCACUCGUUUUCCUCUCUCUUUCCCUUUCCCUUUCACGUGCAGAUACUGGUACUGUACCUGUACCGAAGCCUCGGAUAGGUAGUACGAGUACGUACCACGUACUUGUACCCAUCUUCGUCUUCCGUCGUCAUCCACUUCCAGGUUUCUCUCCAGUACCGUACCCAGUGCGUCUUGUCUCCACGGCCGAUACCCAUCAACCAUGGCCACCAUCUCAACCGCACAUCCUGUCUCCAACGGUCUGGGGAACGGAUUAUUCGUAAUUAACAGAGCGAGGAUCCUCAUCGUCCUGUCGUUAAUCUUUACGUGAGUCAACUUUUUCUGUCAUCUCAUCUAGUGAUGGUCCAAGGGAGUUUUGAGUUCGGUCGUCUGUCAACACCAGCGCGACCGCAAACAAGGAUAAAGGAUACUAACGAAAGGGCCCUCUAGAUGGACCAUCGCGCAUCUGAUCCCGAAAUACAAAGAUCAAGUCAAGGAGUUUGCGAAGGAUAAAUACAACGACGCGAUUCAGCAUCUGCCCGCCGUCGAAGUCGACUGGCAUCCAAACUACGACCCGAAAUCCCAAUUCAAUGCCUCCAAGGUCGCCCUCCUCAUCGAGGGUCGUCCGCUUCCUCAUCUCGUCCCUCAGAUCCUACAUAUGAUCACUACCGUCCCCCCCGAUUGGCGCUUCGUCUUCAUCGGCACGAAUAAGAGUGUCAUCAGCGUAUCCCGAAGUUUUGCGACGCAGUUCCAGGAGGCGAAUGGGAAAUUGGAUAUGAUUGUCAUGCCGGAGCCAUGGAAGAUUGAAAGCAAGGAAGACGUUUACAGAGUGCUGACGGAUACACGGUUCUACGAUGAGAUUUUGCCGGGCGUGGAAUGGUUGUUGAAAUACGAAUCGGAUAGUAUCCUCUGUUCCAACUCCGAUGAUUCUCUGAAUAGCUGGUUGCACUACGAUUGGGCUGGUGCUCCAAGGUUGGUUCUUCACCCCUUGUGUUAUUUUGCGAGACCUUCAAGAUUUUGUGGAAAUAACAUCCAAAAUCUAACAUACUAAUAGAUCCCCCGACGAUAGAUUUGCUGGUAAUGGUGGCUUAUCUCUCCGGCGAAUCUCCGCUGUCAAGAAAGUCCUGAGCUUUCAAGCUCGAUAUAAUGAUACCGAGCCAGAAGAUGAAUGGUUUGGGAAACGUCUGAUUCUUUUACCCGGUGCGAAAGUUGCUACUGGUACAGACGAAGAUCAUUUCGCGGUAGAAGAUGUCUACCACGAGAAACCUAUGGGUUAUCAUGUCCGCGAUGGAGGGGAAAAUCUCGCCGAUGACGUGUGGAAGGAUCCGGAGAAACGGAAGAAGAUUUUCGAAUACUGCCCCGAGUUGACCAUCAUCAUGCCGAUGAAGUUGUUGACGGAACGGUGUGAGGGGGAUAACCAGAUGGGAGAGAUUAUUCCUCCUGGUCAGCCGGCAGCGGCACCGGCGGCGCCUGCAUGAUGAAUUUUGAUGAUAUUUUUCUUCUUCUUCUUACUUUUGAACUUUAUUCUCUUGUUUUUUUUUUCUUCCCCUGGGGAUUGUAGGGAGCAUGGUAUGGGGGCGUAUGGUGCCUUUUCUCUUUUCUUCUUCAUUUUUUGUCUUUUGUUUAAAAAGAUGAAGAUAGGGUUAUAUUACAGG